GGCGUCGCAUACGCCAUACGCGGACGAUUGUUCGAGGGUUAGUGACCUUUUUGUUUCUCUACGAAAGCAGGAAGCAACAAAUCGUUUUUGAAGUUGCUUCAAAGUAAACGCUGCGACGCCGUUGCGAUCGAAUUGUUCGUGUACACCCGAUUUGUAUACGAACCAACAGAAAAAGAACGAUACGCGCACUGAAGUUGUUCGCAGCGCAAACUGCUGAUUUGACUUUCGUUCCGAUUUGAAAUCGCUCGCGGGUGCGCUCGGUCGGGAAAUUCGCGGUGACAGUUCUGCCGAUCAGACUGAGGUGAGACAGUUCGAUUAACCCGAGGACCGGAAGCAGACAAGACGACAGGGUGCAAACUCUACUCGGAUCUGAAUUUUCCGGACCUGAAUUUUCGAUAACCCGAUUCUCGUCCAUCGCGAUGGAGGACCAAUGGGAUUACUCUCUUACGAACGGACCCAGCACGUGGGUGACGAAAUUCCCAAUGGCCGCCGGCUCGCGGCAGAGUCCGGUGAACAUCGAAACCCAUCGGGUCGAGUCCGAUCACGAGGCACUGAGCAACAAACCCUUGCGAUGGAAGUAUCCGGCCACCGCUUCCCGGAAGCUCGUUAAUCCGGGCUAUUGCUGGCGUGUGGAUACCGCUGGCGAGGGCACUUUCUUGAGCGGUGGUCCCUUAAUAGAUGAUGUAUACAAGCUCGAGCAGUACCAUUGUCAUUGGGGGUGCAGCGAUUCCAGAGGUUCGGAACACACUGUCGAUGGACAAGCGUUCGCGGGAGAGUUGCAUCUAGUGCAUUGGAACACCAGCAAGUACAACACGUUCGCCAAAGCAGCGAAAGCGCCAGAUGGCCUCGCGGUUCUGGGCGUCUUUCUGAAGGUUGGCAAGACGCACCAGGAAAUGGAUAAGAUAGCGCGUCUGCUACCGUACGUGUCCCACAAGGACGAAGUCGUAGAAAUUGCUGAGUACAUCGAUCCUGGUAAACUCCUUCCAGAUGACAACGGCUACUGGACGUAUCUGGGCUCGUUAACCACGCCACCCUGCAACGAGAGCGUCACCUGGAUCCUCUUUAAGAAGUGCAUCGAGGUGUCCCAUCACCAGCUCAAUAUUUUCCGCAACCUCCGGAAGUUCCCUCGCGGGGAGGAGUGUCCCUGCCACGAGAAUCAUGGAGUGGUAAUCAACAACUUCCGUCCGCCGUUGCCGCUGGGGAAUCGCGUGUUACGCGAGUGUGGCAGCUUCUGAGUGCCGUCUCCCGGUUCCAAAGCGGCCGUCCGACCCGUUCAGGAUCGGCGCCCUGUGCCGGCCACCAGGAACAGGAACUCGGAAUCAGUCGAUGCCAGUCGAAACGCGACCGGAAGGAAGCGACCGCCGCUCGUGGCCGCUCCUCGUCGCUCUUGAUGGCUGCGCCUCCUUCCCUCCCCCAGUGUCUACCCCGUCGAUCGAUCGAUCGAUCGUCCUACCGUGUGCAAUAGAUCGUAAACAAACGAGGCGAGAACCGGCUCUUGCCCCGAAACCCAAACCCUGGACGACCGUUCGCCGACACGCGAGCAUUCCGCGUCGCUUCGAGUACAAAGUGCAAUUAACCAUAGUUCAGACCAGAGGAUUACUUCGCUUCAACGUAAUCGUAGAGACUAGAUUCCUAGCCGGGGACCCUGUCGGACACCAUCCUGGACUGCUUCUUUACAGAUCGGACCGAGAACGUGCCUAUACAACUACAUAGUAUACAUACAUAUUACCUGCAGCGGCCUCUCCUCGUUCGCGGCCACUCUCCAUCGUUUCUUGAAACUGGUUUCACGGAUUCGGCCUGAACUACCGUGACCGCGCGGCUGCGGCUCCUUAUCUAACUCUAUGUUUGUUUAACCCUUUGCGGACGAGGAUCUUUCAAAGUGCUACGAUUAUUUCCCUCGGAGAACUGGAUUAUGCAUCGAUGACUUCAAUAGUGCGAAAAAUUAACAACGUAUCGUUAUUGUUAACGUAAGUGUUAACAUAAGAGUUUUUGUUAUGUACAGGAUCGAACAACGUCUGCAAUAAGAUACACGAUCCUGCUGUCGUCAAUAUGUCAGCUUUCGUCCUCAAAGGGUUAAUUUGCAACCAGUGCAGUGCUGCGAGCCUUGAAAUAUUCAGGAAGUUCAAUCUACGGUAGAACCUUGAUUAUUCGAGUAAAACGAAGGAUAGCGAAUUUUCGGAUGAUAGGAUAGUUAGUUAGUUGCGAUGCCACCCUAAAUUUUUACCGAUUUGUACAACUCAUUUGUUGCGAAUCGCUCUGAUUGAACCUGUUCGCGUAUGUGGAACGUGUUCGGAUAAUAAAUAAGACAUCGGACAAUGUCUGUGUAACCGAGGA